CAUUUUCCCUUUUAAAUAAUUGUUAAAAUGCUGGAAUUACACAUUUCAAACAAUUGGCAGGUGCCCUCUAAAUUGGUUACUGAUGGGAUUGAACUUGCUGCCACAUGGGUGCCUCCCGGUGAGCUACCCCCGGACUUUUGUGAAAGUGAUCCCCUUCAAUGUGACAUAGAGCCCGAUGGGCCAAAGGUGUUUGAAUUUGGCAGCUUUUCUAGUGAAAGCUUCGAUAGUUUCUGGGAUGAGGAUGAUGACGUCACUGAAGCUGCUGAAACUGGUCCAGUCUGGUCUGAACUUGACACCUGUGGCCGGAUCAGAUAUGUGUUGGUACGAUGUGUUGGAAAGUUUGUGGCCCUUCUGGCACUACUCUACAUCUUCAUCUGUUCACUGGACUUCCUUAGUUCAGCCUUCAGAAUUCUUGGUGGGAAAACUGCAGGUGGGGUGUUUAACAACAGUGAGAUCCUAGGAAACCCAAUAGCUGGACUCAUGAUAGGCAUACUGUCUACUGUUCUGGUUCAAAGUUCAAGCACUUCAACAUCUGUAAUUGUUACCAUGGUUGCAUCUGGAAUAAUGAAAGUGGAGCCAGCUAUUCCAAUGAUAAUGGGAGCUAAUAUUGGUACCAGCGUAACAAACACCAUAGUCUCUAUGGCACAGUCAAGUGACAGGCGCGAGUUCCGACGGGCAUUUGCCGGAGCGACUGUGCAUGACAUGUUUAACUGGCUUACGGUCAUAGUGUUACUUCCUCUGGAGUGGGCAACUGGAUAUUUGGCUAAAUUCACUGACUUGAUUGUUAGAGCCUGCAAAUUGGAAAGUUCUGAAAGCUCUAAUCAAGAACUAUUGAAAGCUUUGACAAAACCUUUCACUAGUAUGGUUGUGCAGGUUGAUAAGAAAGUAAUUACCAAGAUUGCAGAAGGUCAUGAAGAGUAUAGGAAUAAAUCUCUCAUUAAGAAAUUCUGUGUAUUUGAGGAACAGGAAGUGUUGAAGAACGUAACUAUGGAAACUAAUGUAACUCUUAUAGUAAAUGGAACAACAACAACACAAUUACUGAACACUACCAUGCUUGUAAAUGUUACAGAAGAAAUACCAGUGGAGAAAUGUUACAGCUUAUUCAGUCACCUGGAUAUAAACGAGACGGUCGCUGGUGUGAUACUACUUGCUUUCUCCCUCCUUAUCUUGUGCACCUGCCUCGUUGGUAUGGUCAAACUUCUACAUUCCAUGUUACAAGGCUCCAUCGCCAAGAUUAUCAAGAAGACACUGAAUGCCGACUUUCCAGGAUGCUUCUCGUGGUUGACGGGGUACGUUGCUAUGUUUGUUGGCGCCGUGAUGACGAUUCUGGUUCAGAGUAGUUCCGUAUUUACAUCAGCACUAACGCCACUUGUUGGAAUCGGAAUGAUCAAAGUUGAACGGAUGUACCCGUUGACUCUUGGCUCGAACAUCGGCACUACAGGAACGGGCAUAUUGGCGGCAAUGGCAGCAUCGGGGGAUAAAUUACCUAUAGCAUUACAGAUUGCGUUGUGUCACUUAUUUUUCAAUAUAUCGGGAAUUUUAUUAUUUUAUCCAAUCAAGCCAAUGAGAAACUUGCCAAUUAAAUGCGCUAAAUUUCUCGGGACCGUGACUUCAGAAUACCGAUGGUUCGCAAUGGCAUAUCUUGUACUUAUGUUUGUCGUACUUCCCGGCAGUGUGUUCGCCUUGUCAUUAGCCGGUUUCAUUCCAUUUAUAUGUGUAUUCACUUUAGUCGUUGUUAUUGUAGCUUUUGUAAUUAUUUUGAACUUCCUGCAAAGAAAAUGCAAAGCUAGACUUCCAAAGUCACUACAAACAUGGAACUUUCUCCCAAAAUGUUUACGUUCUCUACAGCCUAUUGACUGUGUAAUAAUGAAAGUUUGGGGCGUGAUCAUGAAAUGCUGCCCAUGUUGUAGAACGUGCUGCGUGCCAAAGAAGAAGCAGACAAUGACCGAUGUAGUGAGGCAUACCGCAAUUGCCGCCGUGGUAGCGGCCGACCUUCCACCUAAACGUGUCUCACCCGCGGCCUCUACUGCAUCGUCAGCUUUAUUAUUGCCAAUUAGUGAUCGAGUAUCUGUGAUAUAAUUUAUGGAAUAAUUUGAAAGUUCCGUUCAGUUGUCAAAAAAUAUAAAAAAAAGCAAUAUUAUUUCAUCUGAAAAUCAUACCAUUUUAUCAUCUUAGAUUUGUGAAGUCAUCUAUUCGUUAAUGUUUUUGUUUCAGUUGAGUUGUUAUUAUUUACUUUUUUUUUCAUUUUGUUUUUUUUGUUUUUGCUUUGUUUUUUUUUAUAUAUAUUUUUAAUGAAUCUCAUUAAAGCUUGCAAAAUGAAACCAAAAAAAAAAAGAAAAUCUCCAUCUCUAAUAUAUAUUUAUCUCAAAUCUGCUCUUAAAUAAUUAGAUUUUCAUAUAUUUUGUAUGUGAAAAUGCAUAUCUAAUUUUCAUUGAAUGCUAUGCUUUCUUUACAGGUAAUCAAAAUAUGUUUCUUUUCAAAAUGCUCAUAAAUUUCGUACAUUUCUACCUUUAUUUUGAACACAAUCAUUAAAAUAAUUUAUUUUUUAGCACUUUUGUGUUAAUUUUUUUGUUUAUAAUUAUGCUAUAAUUAUAGUAUUAUAUUCCAAUACUUGUUUAUGAACAGGCAGCUCAUUUGUUGUGUAUUCAGGUACAAUAUGUUAUCAAAUUCAAUGCAAUUAUUGAUUUUACAAGAUUACACGAGUAUAUGCUGAAUUUAUGUGUAAAUGCCUGAUUUUAACAUAAAUGACAUGAGUAAAUGUUAAGCUUUGGUGUAAAUGCGCGAUUUUACAUGAUUACACAAGUUAUAGCUUAGUUUUUGUGUAAAUGCCUGAUUUUACAUGAUUACACACGUCAAUACUUAAUUUUGUGUAAAUAAUAAAUGACAUGAGUAAAUGUUAAGCUUUUGUGUAAAUGCACAAAUUUACAUGAUUACACAAGUUAAUACUUAAUUUUGUGUAAAUAAUGACAAGAGUAAAUGUUAAGCUUUUGUGUAAAUGCACGAUUUUACAUGAUUACACAUGUUAAUACUUAAUUUUGU